AUGUGUCAGGAUCUAGUUGACCAACACCAGGCCCAGUCCUUGGUACCCACCCUUGUCAUAUCGCAGGCCCCUCGACCUGUGUCUUGGGAGAUCAACUUAGUGCGCAAGGUGGCCGCCAGAUGGCUUGGUGUCCCGGACGUUAUGCUCCGCCUCGUUUCGUCAAGGCAACGUGGCGACUUGGGCGGCAUUGGGGUCAUCGUCAACCCACAGAAGAUCUUGCUUGAGCUGACCACACCUAGCAUGGGGUUCAGAGGACAUUCGGAGGUCAUCACACGGCUCUUGUGUGUGGGUCUUCAGCCCGGACGAGCACUACCACUGCGGUCGGGCGCAGACGCCCCGCUCCUUUCCUGGUGCAUUGCUGAGGAAUUGCCGGUUGCGUAUGCGCUGGUCGCGAAGAACGCUGAACUCGAGCAGCUGGACAGCCGAGCCCGCGUGGAGCGGGCGCGACAGCACCGCUCCUGGGAUCUCGAAGAUGAAAAAGCAGCUGAGCUUCAGCUGAGCCGGCCAGCCAAACAACCACGCUUGGAAGCUCUCGGCAUCUCUAGCUUGCUUCUUGAUGAACCUCCCACGCUGGAGGUGGGCGACAGCUUCAUGGGCGUGAGUGCUGUUCAACGGAUUCUAGCAAUCCAUGACGUUGCGUUGGCCAUGGUAGGCUCUUGUCAUCUGGCCCGCCUCAAGAGCUACAGCAGCAAGUUCAUGCACUUCUUAUCGCAGCGCUAUGAAGCUUCAUCAGGUCUCAGGCCCCCAACAAUUCUGGAGGCCCAACAAGCUGAUUGCAAGCUCUGGCAGGGGAUCUACGCUCUCGUUCUUGAGAAGGAUUGGAACUUGAACGAUGCCAUCUUUGAAUACACCGAAGUUAGAGGCGACAUGUCCAAUCUUCUUCAAGCCCGUGCUAGGCCUCCUCCCUCCCCGCGCUUCAUGGACAAAGGCUUCAAAGGCAAAGGGCUAGGUCGUUUCAUGUCAGAGCAUUGGAAAGGCCAAGGCUCUGAUGGCAAAGGCAAGGGCCCAGGGAAGGAUAAAGGUUUCAAAGGCAAGCCCUCCGGCCAAGGUAGUGCAGGGUCGUGGGUGAAGCACGUUCAGGUCAACGGCGAGUCUAAGCAAUUGUGCAUGCAGUGGCAAUCAGGGAAAUGCAGCAGGGGUGCGAGUUGUGCAUUCUUGCACAACUGUGCUUUUCCGAGGAGUGAUGGUUCAGCCUGCAUGAGCAAGAGCCAUAAUGCCCUCAACCAUGCCUCUACUGCACACUGA